AAAAAAUAAAUAAAUAAAUUGCACCUCUACCUUUCCUCCGGCAUUUAUAAAUUAUAAUAGCAUCGAAAAGUAAGAACAGGAGUCUGCAUUGUAAACUAACAAACAAAGCGAAGGUUUCGCUCGGUGAAUGGGCAGGUGGACUGGAGUUUCCCUCCUCUUCCACCAAAUAUCCAAAUCCCUUCCCACAACCCCACUCAAACCCUUCUUUUUCCCCUCAACUUAUUCAACCAUUUCAACCCAUUUCUUCAAUCCAAGAACAUUUUCGGCUCUCCCAUCUCGAGUAUCCAUUGAUACCCACGACUUCGAUUCGGGGUCUCCUUAUUUGGGCCGAACCUAUGGGUUUGAAGCUAAGGAAGAUGAAGACAUCGGAAAGAUCCCUAUCAAAGCUUACUUUCUCUCUACUAGUAUAAAUUUAAAAAGCAUGCAAGCUGCGAAUUUGAGCAACGUAAUCCCUGCAACUUCUCGCUCAUCAAACUACAUUGCCCUCAGAUAUGGUGAUAUACCUUCAAAAGCUACCGGAUUUGGAGUCGAGCGGAAUCCAUGCUGCAGCCGUUAUAUGGUUGUAUUCCAAUAUGGAUCAGCAGUUCUGUUUAAUAUUGAAGACCACGAAGUUGAAAAUUACUUGGAAUUAGUUCGAAGACAUGCUUCUGGAUUACUUCUAGAGAUGAGGAAAGAUGACUACACAGUAAAAGAGAAGCCACAAAUGGUUGAGGACAUGGAAGGAGGUGCAGACUACAUUGCUCUCAAAACAUUAGACACUGAUGGUGUUCGCAUUAUCGGAAGUGUGCUUGGCCAGAGUAUUGCUUUAGAUUAUUUUGUUUCACAGGUUGAUGGUAUGGUUCAAGAAUUUGCCGAUAUAAAUCGGGGGAUGGAGAAAACAGGAACUUUCACCAUGGACAAGAAGAAGCUUCUUCAACUUGUUGGGAAGGCUAAUUCAAACUUAGCUGAUGUGAUUCUAAAAGUUGGUAUUUUUGAGAGAUCGGAAAUUGCUUGGAGAGAUGCAAAAUACGCUCAAAUACACGAGUACCUUUGGGAGGAGUACGAGGUGACACAACGCUUUGGAAACUUGGAUUUCAAAUUAAAAUUUAUUGAGCAUAAUAUUCAUUUUCUCCAAGAAGUCAUCCAAAAUAGAAAGUCAGAUUUCUUGGAAUGGUGUAUCAUUGGUCUUUUGACUGUAGAAAAUGCUAUAUCCUUAUAUGAGAUUGUUCGUGAUUCAACUCCUUUGUGAUGUGACAAGCUGGAGAUAAAUUUUCAAUCAUAGGUGUAGUAGGUUCUUCAAGUACAGACCUAAAUAGUUGUUAAGUGAUUAUUAUGUAAAAUUGUAUAUAAUUGUUAUUUGGGUGAGCCCAAAAACGCAUAGUUUUUCCUUCAAAAAUAACUUCUAUAUUUACCUAACUUGGUAGGUCCUUGAGCGGAUUUCAUGUUAGCUUGGUCUCUAACAAGUAAAUGCUGAAGCUUGAGAGUUUCUGGACGAAUAAAUUAUGAUAUAGCUAUUGAUUUAAUUAAA